GGUAAGAAGAACUUCAAAAUGACAAGGAUACAAAUGUAUCUGGCAAUUUUUCUGACAAUGUUACCAUUGGUAACUGCUUCACCAAUACACUCUUUGACACGUGACAAUGUCGCUAAACAUAACAAGAACCAUCUCAAGGUUGUGCAAUACCUUGGGCGAUACGGUCAUCUAGAUGAUAAACCUGACGCGAGAAGUCUUAUCCAUUCUCAAAGAAACAAACAGUUUAUGGCAGACGAGACAAAACCAAAACUUGAUGUUUUCCAUCCUUAUACUGAUGACGAGAUCACAAAUGGAAUUAAAAGUUUCCAAAUUUCGUUUGGCUUAAAAAUUUCAGGUGAAUUAAAUGAAGAAACAAUGAAAGUGAUGGAGUCUCCAAGAUGUGGAUUUUCCGACAAAGGCGCCAACAACGCGUUUCGAAUGACAAUUCACGUUCAUCGCAGAAAACGAUAUUCUAUAAAACAUAAACUCCCAAACGGUCAAAUGAAAGAAUUUAAGUGGAACAAAAAAAAAAUAACGUGGAAUAUCUUGAUCUAUUACAAACAUUUAACAAAUAAAAUACAAGAUGAAACUUUGGAAAAAGCAUUUAAAUUAUGGGAGUAUUCAACACCUUUACUAUUCACUAAAACAUCUAGCAAAGUUCCUGAUAUAAGGAUUGAGUUUGCACCUGCUGUUCAUGGUGACAAGUUCAAUUUCGAUGGCCCAGGAGGUGUGUUAGCCCAUGCAUAUCCUCCAGUUAACCAUAACAUAGCUGGUGAUAUCCAUUUUGAUGCAAGUGAAAAAUGGGAUAAAGAUUAUGAUUUAUUUUCUGUCGCUCUUCAUGAGAUUGGACAUAGCAUUGGUUUGGCUCAUUCCAGUAUUCCACCCAGUAUAAUGUACGGUACUUAUAAAAAGAAACCUGGACUUCAUUGGGAUGACAGAGAUGGGAUAAAUGCACUCUACGGUCCGUGUAAGACGAAGCUUGAUGCGGCUAUAUAUCUUUGGGGUGACGUUUAUUUCUUACGCAAAGAUCUGAUUUGGAAAAUAGACGAAUUUGAUAUGCAAAAUAGCUAUGAUACAGGAUAUCCUAAAAAGAUUAAAGAUGAAUUCAUUUCCACAAUGCCAAAUGAUGUUGACGCUGCACUUGUAUGGUCUGACCAUUUUCUUUACGUUCUUAAAGGUUCUCGCUCAUAUGGAUAUGACAGGUUUGCAAAAAACUUGAAAUAUGACAGUGCUAUUUCCUAUGAUUGGCCUAAAAUACCUAACAGCCCAAACGCAAGCCUGUGCUACACAGACGACAAAAUAACUUGGUUCUUCAAAGGAGAUUCCUGUUGGAAAAUGAAUGAUUGGAAUUUGAACGUUUUCCAAGGGUAUCCUAAAAAAAUCACGGAUGUAUGGCAAGGUGUUCCCGACAAUAUUGACGCGGCAUAUUAUUCAUCUUGGUCCAAGGAAACAUAUUUCUUUAAAGGCACCGAGUAUUGGGUGGUUGACAAUAGGAAAUAUAAGCAAGAACCGUACAAAGCUUACCCAGGAGGUCAAAUCCAUAAAAAAUGGAAAGGCGUUUGUUCAGAGAAAUACUGAAAUCAACUCUAAUUUUUCGUACGAAGACAUUCAGCCUUCUCUGUUGGGGCCGUGGUGACCAGGAGGGGGUUGGGGUGUCUUUGUCCACCUCAUAAACUUCAAAAUAACUUGCAUUGUAAUCUUAUA